AGGAAAGGCGCACAUACUGUGAGUCAUAUAGGGCAAGUCCUGCCUGGUGUUUACUCUGCUUCUACACCGAGCUGUGAAGUCGCUGGUUUGUGGAGGAGCAACAGGCGGCUGGAUCCCAGAGAAACUCGGAUAUUUAACUCCUCUGUCCAGGCUCAAUUAAUGAAAAAGAAAGGGGGCGUGUGGUCCGGUUCUACAUGGAGCUGCUUCGGUUUUCCGUUUUCUGCUGCGGAGCGGUCCUGUUCGGUAUUGUGCUUCUGCCGGUGGAGACGAAUACCUCCGCGAUCCCUGUAAGACAGCUGUGCAGGUUUUGUGAUUUGCGGGCCACCAACUGUCCCGGUAGGGGAGUCUGCAAGGUGGAAUGUGACAUUACCGCCAUCUGCCCCGAAUAUAACGAAGUGUGUGUCAGCAUCUGGCGGAAGAAAGACGACAAUGUUACAUUUGAAACGGUUUGUCACGAUCCAGCUCUUCCCCUGUACGGCCUGUACCUGGACGAUUACAACAACACAAAGUGCAUUAUGAAAGAGAAAAAAGCCAAAGACUCAAAGUUUUUCAUCUGUUCCUGUUCCAACGAGGAGGAGUGCAACGAUCACAUCAUUUUCAACCUAAAUUCUCAGGUUGGGCCCGUCAUCGUGGUCAGCCUGGUGCCUCUUCUGGUCAUAGCCAUUUUUGUCAUCACUUCGUUCUACUGUUACCGGGUCUGCAAUCAGCAGCCAAACCCGCGCAAGCCGCUGGACAACACCGACAAGCACCCCAUCAUAGACCCUGAGGGUUCAGACAGCAGCUCCACACACGCCAACAACCUGAACCACAACACCGAGCUCCUGCCCAUCGAGCUGGACGUUCUGGUCGGCAAGGGCCGCUUUGCCGAGGUCUACAAAGCCAAGCUGAAGCAAGGCUCGUCGGUCCGGGAGGAGCACGGCUUUGAAACGGUGGCAGUCAAGAUCUUCCAGUUCGAGGAGUACGCCUCCUGGAAGAACGAGAAGGACAUUUUCUCAGAUGCGGACCUGAGGCACGAGAACGUGCUUCACUUCCUGACGGCCGAGGAGAGGAAGGGGCAGAGGCAGUACUGGCUGAUCACGGCUUACCACCCACUGGGGAACCUCCAGGAGUUCCUAACCAAUCACAUUAUCUCCUGGCAAGACUUGUGGCUGCUGGGGAGCUCGCUGGCCCGUGUGGUGGCACACCUACACAGUGACCGCACUUCCUGCGGCCGCUGCAAGGUUCCCAUCGCUCACAGGGACAUUAAAAGCUCAAAUAUACUCGUGAAAAAGGACAUGACCUGCUGCCUGUGUGACUUUGGCCUCGCACUUCGACUGGACAACUCUCUGUCUGUGGACGAGCUGGCCAACAGCGGACAGGUGGGCACGGCCAGGUACAUGGCUCCCGAGGUGCUGGAGUCCAGAAUCAAUCUGGAAAACAUCGAGUCUUUCAAACAAGCAGACGUUUACUCCAUGGCUCUGGUGCUGUGGGAGAUCAUCUCCAGAUGCAGCGCGAUCGGAGAGGUGAAGGAGUACAAGCCCCCCUUUGGGAACCUGAGGGAGCACCCAUGUGUGGAGAGCAUGAAGGACAGCGUCCUCCGAGACAGAGGAAGACCCGAGAUCCCCAACAGCUGGACGAGCCACGCAGGCAUCCAGAUGGUGUGCGGCUCUAUAGAGGAGUGCUGGGACCACGACCCGGAGGCCCGCCUCACCGCGCACUGCAUCGCCGAGCGCUUCGACGACGUGGAGUACCUGGACAAGCUGUCGGACUGCUCCGACUCGGAGGAGAAGAUGCUGGAGGAAAUCAUUGUGGUGGACGAGAAGUAACCUCUCAGCAGAAGCGCUGCCCCCAGCAGGGUGAACUGAGGCAUUACAACCAAACGGCUUAGAAAGGAAGGACUUUCAAGUGGACGGAGUUGUUCAGUCCACCUGAUGUGUGACAGAGGAGACAAACUGGAAGAUGACAGUGAUUUUCCAUUUUUAUUUUCUACCAGAGAAAUCAUCAGGAUCAGAUCAGGAGCAAAACACGGGAGAUCAAACUAUGCAUCAGUUUUAACCAAGUACUAUUUGCACUUUAUGAAUAAGAAUUUAUACAGUAUAUAUGCACACCAAAGUGGAGAGCGGUUUCAGUUUCACAGAAACUUUUCAGGUAUAGAAAAUAAACGGAGCUGCACACAGAAGGGAGCUAUGUAAAUUACAGAGGAAUUUAAUACACUAAUAUACAGCUUAUUUUGUAUUCAAGUGCCUAUAUUGUUGUUUUUUUUAUGUUUUAUGUCUGGCUUUGGAUGAAUGUCUUGACCAAAAAUGCAAGGUGGAUUUCUGUGUAUAAAAAAAAAAAAGAUAAUCUAUGCAGAGAUAUAAUGUGCAAGGAGAGUUAUUAUAUCUGCAAGGACUAUAAGCUGUUUCACAUGCAGCCUGGAAGAGGAGCAGAGGACGAUGCAACUCUGUGCAAAACUCCUGAUUCACUCUCAUCUCCUUCUGUUCAGAACCCGCUUUCAACCAAACUUUUUUGAGAAGGUCGUCAACUUCUUAUUCCAGUUUGAUUUAAUUUCACUCUGUUAAGUGAAUCCAGUGGAGAGGGGGCUUUUCGUUCAGCUGCAGAUGUGAGGCAUCAAGCUCGCAUUGUAAGAAUGUUGCAUCGUUUAUGCUUAUUUUAUUCAGCGAGAAGUGUCAAAGUUGGCGUCUGUGAAAGCACAGCAAAGUAUUCCUGCAUCAGUGUGACGUUUGCUAAAAGGAGCAUUUAGCCAAAACAUGGAGGCAAAGCCAGACUUUACAACUAUAUGAGGAAACUGGACAAGUAAAACUAAUGAACUACGCGGAUCUCUGGCUGGUAAAGAUGUGUAAAAGCUUCAAAGUGAGCUUACUUGUCUUAACGGCUCUUUGCUGCAGUUGCCUAAUAGGAAACUCUGCUUUAACGCCCAUGUAUUUACCCCUAAAGUCUGGAUUCACACGUUGAAGUGGUCUUUACCCCAACUGUAACAUCCACACACCCUUUGAGGCGAACGUAGUCUGAUUUAAAUCUGAUUCAAAUAUGCCGAUUGUAUUGAAAACAAUUCUUUAUUAAUAUGAGAUUCGGAUAAAUGUUCUCAAAUUAAUGCUGGAGUCGCCACCCUUCAACUUUUAGACGCACUCCUCCUUCAACACAGCCGAGUCCAACGAAUGGCUCGUUAGCGGGCCUCUGCAGAACUUGGUGCAAUACUGAGGAAGUUCUGGAGUUGGAGACCCCACAAUGUAAGGUUGGAUUUUUUUCUAAAAGUUUCAGUCUGAGAUCAUGUUGCUAAAAUAAGAAGAAUAAGAAAAACUCUUUCCCAUGUGCUUUACACAUCUUUAUUAGUGGGGCCAAAAAGGAGGAGCAUUGAAUCUGCAGCAGAUUGUCAGGAUAUGAAAGAGAAUCUCCUUUUAAAUUGGAAGCUCUGAGAAAAGGCGUCAUCAUAUGUUUUACCAAAGGAAUUAUCAAAGAAAUGCAUCUUUGUUUAUGAAUAUAGUGUUUGCUUCUUUUAAAAAAAAAUCCUAAAUGUUUCUAAUCUAAAAAUAUAAAUUCUUAGAAUAAAAAUAGGACACAAUAUGAAGGAACUUGUCAUUGAUGUCCUGAGGAAAAACCUUUAGAUGAAAAGAGACGUGUUGGAAUAAGAGUGGUUCAGGAGUUUUCACAGAACUAUAUUCAUGUUUGUAUUUGUGUGUUUGUUCUUCAGAGGACUUUGAUGUCAGAUUAUUAGGUCUGUUUAUUCAGGCCAAAAUGAAUAAGGAAAGCAAUAUGUUAAGGAUACUGGUCUGAAGGAGAAGCCCUCUUUUCCAUAUUUUAUAAAAGCUGAAUAUGUAAGGUGUUUUGAGCUAAUGUGCCUUUUUUUUUCAUACAGAAAAGCAAUGUCUCAGCAAAUCUCCAAAAAUAUUUUGUAUCAAACUUUUGUAUAAAAGUGUAAAGUCAAUAUUAAAAAAAAUUUUCUAUUGUGUUUUAAUAU